AUGGAUGUCGUUGUGGUGUUGGCACUCAUUGUGCUCAGCGCUGUGUUCAUCAUUUCGUUAGUGAUUCUGGCGCUCAUGUGCUAUCGACGUCGUCACAACAAAAUGGCAUUUAGGCGUGCUUCUCCCAUCAAAAUGGUUAGAGUGACUGGAAAAGGGGGUGAUAUUGAGCGACUCGACGAGUUGAACUCGAUUAUCGGUGAACUACUUGAAAGAAACAGCUGGGUUCACGAAGUGACGGGACUUCUUCAUCACUCGGUUGCGAUUCUCAAACUAUGCCAAAUGGUCACCGAAGAGCUCGCGCCGAUCUCACUCGAUGAGGCGCCUCAACCAAUUAACGAGGCGAUCGCAAUGGCGGUUCGUAACAUCUUUCCGCGUUUCGAUGAUCUCAUGGAUGUUGUGUCGGCGAGUUCGGUCGAUAUUCGGGUUCUUGAAGCUCGUACGGUGUCUCUUGCCACCGUUUGCUGGGCUCUCUACCUUCCAUUCACAAUGCUCAACCCUUGCUUCAAGAAAACACUGUUCAAGCCGCUUAAUGAUAUGAACAAGCAUUUGGUGACGAUUCGGGCCGCUUGUGAGCUCGCGAUCACCGUUGAGCGAAAAGCUCAGGAGAAAGCUCAACAAUCGAACCAGCCCGCACCGCCAACCCAAGACGCGAUGAUUGUGCGCACCGAAGUUCGCAAUGAGACAGUUGCCGACGAAGCACAAGCUGUUGAAGACGUCGACGCCGAACCGUCCGAGGCUCAUACCGAGACGACGCCGCUCGUCUCGUCGCAAGUCUCGAUGGCGUUCGAUACCACCUCGUCCAAUGAGCGAAUUCCGACGACACUAGAGGAAAUCGAGAUGACGAUGAUCACGACGAGCAAACUGAAUGGCGAUGGUCCUAUGAUCAUCGAUACAUGCCCGUCGGUUCCCGAUGAUGCUCUCGAAGGUGUGUCAGAUCGUCGACCUCAUCCUCCACCAGCGGAUCAUGCUCGACACACCCCAUCGACCCCGAGACGUGAUACCGACAGCAGGAGCAGUAGCACAUAG